AAAGAGCUGACCCAGAUGGCUGGGGUUCAACUCCAAGGUCUGGGCCCAAAGAAGACGGCUGUCACUGAGGGCCCAUCACUGCCAGGACAGCCAGGCCAAGGAAAGAAGAUUGGCCAUCGAAGCGUGGAUGCUUCUGGGGAAACCACCUACAAAAAGACCACCUCAUCUACUCUGAAGGGGGCCAUCCAGCUGGGGAUUGGAUAUACUGUGGGCAAUCUGAGCUCCAAGCCAGAGAGAGAUGUCCUGAUGCAGGACUUCUAUGUGGUGGAGAGCAUUUUUUUCCCAAGCGAAGGCAGUAACCUCACCCCGGCUCACCACUACGCCGACUUCAGGUUCAAGACCUAUGCCCCAGUGGCUUUCCGGUACUUCCGAGAGCUCUUUGGGAUUCGUCCAGAUGAUUAUUUGUAUUCAUUAUGUAACGAGCCUCUGAUCGAGCUGUCCAACCCCGGGGCCAGCGGCUCCCUCUUCUAUGUCACCAGCGACGAUGAGUUCAUCAUAAAAACUGUGAUGCACAAGGAAGCUGAAUUCCUGCAGAAGCUCCUUCCUGGAUACUACAUGAAUCUGAACCAGAACCCCCGGACACUGCUGCCCAAGUUUUAUGGACUGUACUGUGUGCAGUCUGGGGGCAAAAACAUCCGCGUGGUCGUGAUGAACAACAUCCUGCCUCGAGUGGUGAAAAUGCACCUGAAAUUCGAUCUCAAAGGUUCAACCUACAAACGCCGGGCAUCCAAGAAGGAGAAAGAAAAGUCCAGCCCUACGUACAAGGAUCUGGACUUCAUCCAAGACAUGCCCGAGGGCCUGAUGUUGGAUGCAGACACCUUCAGUGCUUUGGUGAAGACAUUGCAGCGAGACUGUCUGGUAUUGGAAAGUUUUAAAAUCAUGGACUACAGCCUCCUGCUUGGGGUUCAUAACAUAGACCAGCACGAGCGGGAGCAGCUGUCGGAGGGAGCCCACAGCACGUCGGAUGAGAAGCGUCCUGUGGGGCAGAAGGCCCUGUACUCCACAGCCAUGGAGUCCAUCCAAGGAGGGGCUGCCCGGGGGGAGUCCAUAGACACAGACGACACGAUGGGGGGGAUCCCAGCAGUGAAUGGCAAAGGAGAGCGUCUCCUGCUGCACGUAGGAAUCAUAGAUAUCCUGCAGUCAUACAGGUUCAUCAAGAAAUUAGAACACACCUGGAAGGCCCUUGUCCAUGAUGGGGACACGGUGUCAGUACACAGACCCAGCUUUUAUGCAGAGAGAUUCUUCAAAUUCAUGACCAACACAGUAUUUCGAAAGAAUUCCUCUCUGAAGUCGUCCCCCUCAAAGAAAGGGCGUAGUGCCUUGCUGGCCGUGAAGACAGCAGGUCCCACCGCGGCGUUCUCAGCCAGCCAGCUGGCCUCUGAGAAGGAUGACACCCAGUACGACCUGCGGGCAGCCAGGAGUUACCCCACGCUUGACGAUGAAGGUGCUAAACCUAACCAGGACAGGGAAGAAGGCAGGCCAGACCUACUCCCUUGCACUCCUCCUUCCUUUGAAGAAGCUACCACAGCCUCCAUAGCCACGACACUAUCGUCAACAUCUCUCUCUGUUCCUGAGCGAUCCCCCUCGGAGACCUCUGAGCAGCCCAGGUACAGGAGGCGUACACACUCCUCAGGGCAGGAUGGCAGGUCACACGAGGAGGUGCGGGUCGAGGAGGAGGUUCAGCAAAUCAGCGUCGAGCUGGAGCCCAAGUGUGACGUUGAGAUUGUAGCUCCUGAAGAAGUCAAAGAAGAGGCAGCUUCUUCAGCCUGUGCCAUUGUCACAUCCACAGCCACUGUAGAGGUGGAGACGGCCAGCCAGGCCUCGGAACCAGCCAGCCAGGCCUCAGAUGAAGACGACGUGCCAGUCACAGACAUAUACUUUUAAUCUCUAUGCAGACACAGAAGUCCCAGAGAGCAGCGAUUCCCUCUGCAGGUCGAUGUGUUCCCUUUUCGUUGAUGCAGCCAUUCCAGUGGGAUGGGGAAGAGCUUGCUGACACCAGUAUUGCUGCACUGCAGGAUCCUGGGUACUGCGUUUCAGAAUGGAGCAAAACUAUAACCAUGUAUUUCUACUUACCCCAGAUGUGGGCAGCAAAGAAACCACCCACUCACCCGCAGCUCCCAGCAGAGAAUUCCAGCUGGGUGUAGAGAAUCCUGGGUAGUAACACAGUGUUUUCCAGACAUGCACUACCGUAGCUACCUAUCCAUGUGUGAUACUGUGAACCUUUUUAAUUUUUUAAUCAUGUAUUUAUUUCUUUUAUCUUUGCACAGAGACAGCACAAAUGUGCUUUUUUAAAUAUUUAGUUUACUGCACUUUUUUUUCUUUUUUCCUUUUUUUUUUUUCUUUUUUUUUUUUUUUUGUCAUAUAUUUGUGCAUCAAAGAGGAGCAUGAGACUUCACUGAAGAAUGGGUAGGAACACAUUGCUGGGGAGGGCAGAGAGGGGAGUGGCUUCAUGUGAGGCAGCAGUGUGGUCUGACCAGCUGAGGGAGUCAGGAGGUUUAAGGCUGUCCAGACUCUGCCACGGUUUUUCCAAGUGGCCCAAGGCGAGUCACUAACCACUCUGUGCCUCAGUUUCCCCCAUGCUAAUGGGUGCACAGUACCUGCUUCUGUUACAGCACUUAAACCCUGGGAUGAAAGGUGCUAUGAAAAUGAAAUGUAUUAAAGGCCAUGGAAUAGAAUUGCUCCCAUGUUACCAUAGUUCAAAGUAGCCAUGCCAAUUCACUUGGAUCCAAACUCUCUAGUGACUUCUCCUGUCUGUAACACUGUGCGGGGCAGCACACAGUUCCUGGUGACAGUGACGUGGAUUCCUCAGCUCUCCCUGAAGUCAGGAUGGGUUGCACCUUCACCUUGUGCUGCACUGCUGCACCACUUCUCCCUCUGUGCUUGGAGUCCACACUUCAUCCAACCGGCCGCCGCCUGCUCCAGACCAGUGGGAACUGGGCACCUCCAAAGCCUGGCCAUGUUGGAGGGCGAGUUCCCCACUCUGCCCAGCCCACGUGGGGCUUGUUCAGACCCUGCAUCCUCCUGGAGCCGCUCAGCCCUUCAUGUGCUCAUGGCUGUACCCUGGGGUCACGGACGCUGGGUUCACACUGUCCCCUCUGCCCCUCAGGGCAGGCAGGGAGACAAGGGUACAUCCACACACUGGAGGCAGGAAUGGGAGCCUGGCUCCACCGCAGAAUUGUGCCAGCACUGCUGUGCUCAUGGACUCUUGGACAGAAAGCUGGGUGACUGGGGUGUUGCCUGGGGUCACAUCUGCUGGUGGAAAUCCCUGCUGCGGGUGUCUUAGAGGGUUUGCUUUGCAAGAGCUGUGAGCUAUAGGUGAGAGAAUUUGAUGUCACGGGGUAGUGUUCAGGUUCAUCCAUCAGCAGUAUACGUAUCAUAGCAUAGUCUGGAAUCCAGCAAUCCCAUCCUCAUCUCCCAGAGAGAAAACAGGAAAUCCUUUAGAACAGAGGGAGACAGGUCUUAUUCAUGUGCUUUAUGAACCUCACUUGAGAAAGAGGGUUGAAAUCUCUAUUUCCUUUACAAUCUUCACUGUCCUUGGGAUUCCAUGUAGAGCGAUGAGGAAGCGGGACCCUGCUCUCAGACCUCAGUCCCCACAAUCUGUCUUCACAGCAGCACUCAGGAGCAGUUAUGUUGGGUCCCAGAAGGUAGCGGGGCUGAUGGGAAGCUCUUCCUUCUGUACUGUACUGAACUUAGUGAGAAUCUUCAGGAAUUGAUGGUUUUUUCUUGCCCAGAAUACAGGACCUGGACUUCCCUUCCCUGCCUGUAGAUGCAGAA